UUUUUUGCAAUUUACCAAUUCCUCAGAAAAAACUGGAAUUCAAAGUGACAAGUGGCGGAAUAUGACCCAAGCAACCCAUAACCUCACCGGAGAUCAUACAAACUCGCUCUCUAAACUUUUCCGGCGACGGCGAACAACACAGAUGAAUGAAUUAUGAAAACACACACAUGCAUGUUUUGAAAUUGCAGUGAGUUUUGAGAUGUCCGGCGUUAUGAACAGAGUUUUCAGUAGGGUUCGGAAUCUGGAUGCGUAUCCUAAAAUUAACGAGGAUUUUUACAGUCGUACGCUUUCUGGUGGUGUUAUUACCUUAGCUUCUUCCAUUGCCAUGCUGCUCCUUGUUAUCUCAGAGCUAGCUAUGUAUCUCCAAACAGUUACAGAAACAAAGCUUGUAGUUGAUACUUCAAGAGGGGAAAAACUCAAAAUAAAUUUUGAUAUCUCAUUCCCUGCUGUUUCCUGUACACUACUCAGUCUGGAUGCCAUAGAUAUCAGUGGGGAGCAACAUCUUGAUAUUAAACAUGCUAUAAUAAAGAAAAGACUUGAUGCUAACGGCAAUCUCAUUCAAUUGAGAAUUGAUCGUAUUGGUGUCCCAAAGAUUGGGAAGCCGAUCCAGAAACAUGGUGGGGAGAUUGAACAUAAUGAAACAUAUUGUGGUUCAUGCUAUGGUGCAGAGUUGUCAUCGACUGAAUGUUGUAAUUCAUGUGACGCCGUUCGUGAAGCAUAUCGACGGAGAGGCUGGGGAUUGAUGAAUCCUGAUUCGAUUGACCAGUGCAAAAGAGAAGGUUUUGUUCAGAGGAUUAAAGCUGAAGAAGGUGAAGGAUGCAAUUUAUCCGGAUCGUUACAGGUCAACAAGGUGGCUGGAAAUUUUCACUUUGUCAAAAGCUUUCAUCUGGCAAAUAUACAUGUUACCCAUGAUGUUAAGGCUUUUGAAGAUGAUAGUUAUAAUAUAAGUCACAAGAUAAAUAAACUAUCUUUUGGAGAUCAUUAUCCUGGUAUUAUAAAUCCACUUGAUGGGGUAGAAUGGUUUCAACAUACUCCAAAUGGAAUGUAUCAAUAUUUCAUCAAGGUGGUACCAACUGUGUACACUCCUCUUAGAGGUUCGGUCAUUCGGUCAAAUCAGUUCUCUGUGACAGAACAUUAUAAGGGUCCAGAAGUACGAAAAAAUUCACUUCCUGGAGUUUUUUUCUUUUAUGACCUUUCUGGAAUUAAGGUGAAUUUCACAGAAACACAUACCUCCUUCUUACACUUCUUGACCAAUAUUUGUGCAAUAGUUGGAGGUAUCUUCACAGUUGCAGGGAUUUUCGAUUCGUUCAUUUAUCAUGGUCAUAAGGCGUUGAAGAAGAAAAGGGAUCUCGGAAAAUUAGGCUAAGGUACUUCAAACCUUUGCCACAUAAUCCAGGUUCAGUCUCCUUCGAUUUUGUCGUUAUAAUUAUCUCUUUUGUAAUGAUUUCGCACGCAAAAUGUAUAGUUUAGUGACAGAGGGACAAUUUUAACAUUUUUUAUUCUUUGCAAAAGUAUACACAAGUUUUGGUAUCAUUAUACUACAGAAAUAUUGCUUUUAGAUUUUA